CUUAAACAACCAAUACAUACGUACAACAAAAACCUCCUACCUCCUGUUGCAACAUUAAACCCGGCUUAAAGCUCAAAAACCUGUCUUCAAUUAGAUGUUAUGUAAUCAUUGAAUACAAACAGACCACAAAAUAAGGAAAAGAAGAUGAUACACAUGCUAUAGCAUUAAACAGAACAGGUAUUUUUCAAAGAUUCUUUCAAACGAAACAACAACAAAAACAUUCCCAACAAAUGGCUUUAUAACUUCAUGUCAACUUAAGGCUCAAACAAGAAAUCAUUACAUAACCAAACGUUAAACGUAAAGGUUCUAAGCUCCAAAGAACCCCCAAAACAUUUAAAUACAAAACAGAAAAUGUGUAAAUUUACCAAUCGUUUAUUUGUGUUCGCUUUAUGUUGUUUACUGGCUUGCCAGCAAAUGGUUUGUGUCUUGGCUAAACCUUUGACACACUCUUCUCGCAAUGAUAAUGAAGAUCUGGGUGCUUUAAUAGCUUUAUCGGCCUUAAUGAACUCGCAAGAUGUGCACUAUGAUCAAAGACAAAAGGGUGAUGAAAAUUAUCGCAUUAAAUUGGAUGGUUUCUAUAUUGGUUUGCCGCAAGAAGAUAGUUCGGCCUUAUUGCUGUUUACAGAUGAUAUGUUUGAGAGUUUAGGUGAGUUUCCAACAAAUGAUGAUUAUCUUUUAUCUUUUGGUAAAAAUAAACCAGCUGUUAACGGUGUCCAAACUCCACCAACCCCUUUAACAUCACAAUCAUCAUUAGAUACAGAUAGAGCUGCUGCAGCCUCAGAAGUCAAUCUCAAUCUUUCUACAAAUGCCCAAAAUUCUGCUCAAAAUUUGCAGGCCAUGGCCUUGGAGUUGCCGGCUCCAAAAAAAUAUUUAGAAGCUAGACAUGGUGUGAAUUCGGGAUCGAGAACCAAGUCUUAUAUAUCACAAUUUUUGAAGCUUCUUAAACGAGGACGCAAACAUUAAAUUGAGAAUAACUAUUAAAAGAAACCGGACAUCAACUGUCCUCAUCAUCCACCAGAAUUUUUACGAAUUAAAAUAAAACUUAUUUUCUUUAUAGAAAGUUGGAGUAAUCAAGACUGUUAGUAUUUUAAGUUAUAACAUUAUUCAAAAUGUAUUUAAAAUAGAUGUAGAAGUAUUUAAAAUAAAUAAAAUAAAAAUAUAUCUCACAGAA